CUGAUAUUCAAUGCAUAUUGUUGCAAUGUGACAUUUUCGGAAGUAUAGAUGAACGAUUUUUCUUUUCAUUACAGUCUGUUGUUUUUGACAUUAAAAGUUCUGUUGCUUUGAUUUGCUUUGUCUCCUGAUUUGGGGUUCAAGAGCGGAGCCAAAGGGUUCAAACCGCAAGCAAUUCCAUAGAAAACCGCAUUCUCAUGGCAGACUUGAAGGUGAUUCCAACCCUUCAGGUGGCCCUCUUCGUGGGCUCCUGGAUCACUUCCUGGUGGUCCCUCGUCACAAAUGCCUUCCGCGUGACGCUGGGUGGCCACGGCUUUGACAUCGUCUACGCCGCUCCCGUAGCAGUUUUGCUGUUGGGUUUGUUCAUGACCAACUUGCAAGGCUUUCUGGAAGAGAAGCGCAGAGGCGACAUGCCCCUGGCGAAAGCGGCAGCUCUGGAUUUGGACCUGGCAUGUUUGCUUCACCGGCAUGGCAAAGAGCUUUGUGCAGGCAAGCCAAUCAAAGCUUGGGACCGUCUCAAGGUAAGACAGGCCCUUGGAAGAGGCAUCCCGCUCUCGAUGGUCUCCUUCUACAUCGCCAGCCGCAGCCUCGUGGAAGCGCCUGCCUGCCAGCUCCUGAUGACACUCAGCAGAAACGUCAUUGAGGGAACCAACAUGCCCAGCAAGGUUGCCGAGUUUGUUGAUAGCCACCCCUACAUUUGCCAGAUGGAUCUCCCUUUUGGCUUCGGACUUGGCUGUGUAAGCAAUCAUGAUGCUCUGCUCUUCUUGGAGGAUUGGACGAAUGUCCCAAACAACCUGCAAAGUUUGAACAGUGAGAGCAAGAGCAAGAUGCACGAUGUUGAAGGCACCAUUUGGAAAGCGGCCCAUUGUCAGGAAUCAACCUUUUCUCCAGGGAAAAGUGAACGCUGCAGCUAUGAACUCUGCGGGGGUUCGGAUUUGCCGAAUGGUUCCAUCCAAGCUUUCAAUGAAGUGGCAACACUCCUCGCUGUAGCAGAGAUGAAGAACAGCGACGAGCUGAGAGACAGCCUCAAAAGCUUAGUGUUUCGCUUCACCGGGGAGUGGCUGCUGUCCGCCGCCAUCCCUUACAAUAUGGUAAUCAAUGCUGUAUUGAAUCGAGUAAGCGUCUCUGGCGACCAGGCCUUCAUCAUCAAAUCUUGGAGGCACUGGCAGCCACAAGUUGUUUUAGGGGCACUCUUCCUGAUUGCAUCCAUGCUGCCACUCUCCAAACUCAUCGAAAGACAACGGCGCUUGAAGGAGCAGCGCCACAAGAUUCCAAUCCUCGUUCACCUCAGCCUAGACAUCCUUCUUCUGGAAAGUGCUAGCGUGUUCAUGCUAACAUCACACUUCAUCAAUCGCUGGGGCGAUGCCGUCAUUGAUGCAGCGCGUCAAUUGACACUUGCCAUUGCCACCGGGCUCAAUACGGUGGAGGUUUCAACUACGGGUUCUUUGGCUGACCUGAAGAAAGAAAUUCCUAAGCGAGUCUGGACGGACGAAUUCAUGAUGAAGAUGUUGAAUGCAGUGGAAAGCAUGAAGGAACCCUUGGAGGUGGAUGAAGGGUUGCUCGGUGCUUUCGUAGCAGCAGCAUUGUUCUUCUACAGCGUUUCCACGGUGCUUUGCCGGGACAACAGCGUCUGUCGGAGCCAGAUGUGGAUCGCACGGUGGAACGCAGCCGUUGGAGGACCCCUGCACCUCCUAGGGUCAGUUCAAGAAGAAGAGGUGCGCCAGCUGUGUCAGCCAAUCCGCUUGCAGAUCUUGCUGCGCGGAUUUCUGCUCAGCUUCCUUCUGGGCUGCUUCUUUGCACCUUCCAAUGGCCUGGAUGCGUUGGCUUCCACGGCCCUGGUCUUCAACAUCAAAGCCUCUCGAACGCCUUGGAUCAUUUCUUGGCUCUUCCUUUGGGCUACACACGCCAUCACCGGCGUGUUGGCCGUGAUGGCCAUCGAGGAAAACCAACAGCUUCGUGAUGAGGACCGCAUGCUGAAGGACAUGGAAGCCUAUGGCUCCAUCAACAAAGCACCAGUUGCCAACCAUGCCAUCGGCACCACCACUGCCACCAGCGGCAACGGCUUGCCUUCAACCCAAGCUACGCAGCCACCUGAGCUUGGUGCCGAGCAAGGUGAGAAUGGCUCCUCUUUGCCACCUCCACCAGCACUUCAAGAUCCACCAGGCCUAGGCCUUUCAAGCCCUUGAGGCACAGCCUUGAAUGGCACAGGCUGAGCCUUCUGCCAGCAAGCCUUUAACAGUUGCUGUAAAUAAAAGGUGGUCAUCA